AUGACUCUCCCAUGGCUUAUACUGCUUCUUCUUCAUCAAGGAUAUACUUUAGUUCCUGUCACUACAGUCCAGCUUGGGGAACCUGUCACUUUGACAUGUGUUGUGACUGAGACGUUUGAAGUCAUGACAUGGAUUCAUUGGUACAAGCAGAGUGCUGGAAAUACUCUGGAACUAAUUGCAGUGUUGCGUAAAAGUACAAACUCCACCUACGGACCUGGAUUUUCACCCUCAAGAUUCAAAAUAACAUAUAAUGAUAACAAAAGCAUUAUGAUGAUUUUGUCAACAGUGGAACAAGAUGAGGGGAUGUAUCACUGCGCUCAUAUUGGCUGGACUAAAUCUGCUUGGAGUGGGACCUAUUUAUCAUUAAGAGGAAACUCUCAGAGAACAUCAAGCUACAAUGUUGUUCAGGAGCGAGCGGUUUCUGAUCCCCCCAACCCAACAGAAAAAGAAACCCUGCAGUGUUCCAUUCUGUCGGACUCUGAGAACACAACUUGUUCAGGAGAACCCACUGUGUUCUGGUUCAGAGCCAGAUCAGAUACAUCCUAUCCAGACAUCAUCUACACUGUGGGGAAUACACAGGAACAUUGUGGAAAGACAAACAAUCAGAAAAAAUGUAGUUACACCUCCUCUAAUGAUGUCAGCUCCUCUGAAGCAGACACCUAUUAUUGUGCUGUGGCCACAUGUGGAGAGAUAAUAUUUGGAAAUGGACCAAAAAGGGUAACAAGCAAUGAAGAUAAUAGACCAUGUUCUGAAAGGAUUGUUCUCUUGAUCACCUUAAUCGCUUUGGCCAUUUCGGUAACCAUGAAUAUCAUUUUAAUUUGCUGUCGAACUCAAAGAUCAGCAUGUGCCCGAUUUAAAGAACAUUCCUCUUCAGUUCCUCCUCAACCAAAUCACAGGGACUCAAGCCAACCAAUGGAUAAGAGUGAAAAUGAACUGGAUCUGAAUUAUGCUGCCUUGCAUUUCUCUGGAAUAAAGAAACAAAAAGAAAAGAAGAAAAGAGAACUAAAAACUGAAGAAAGUGUUUAUUCACAAGUUUUACAUGAACAUGCUAAAUGAUAUCAGAAUCAGACAGACAUAACUUAAUCUGCAUUUUUGUAGAACCCAGAGAAUGUUAAUUACACAGAUACUGCAAAUGCUCAGUUGGAUCCCUCUACCUAAGGAUCAACUUCUAAACUUAUUGCAAAAAAAUGCAAAAAAGUUUUUCAUGUGCUUUCUUUUUUUCCUACU